AUGCCAACUCCCAGCCUUGGACGAUCGAACGUGGCCAAUAUAGACUUCCAGAGAGCUUUUGAGCUUCUCUUAGUGUUGCGCGCAGAAGCCCUCCGAACCAGUCUUUGGGGUUUCUUAGCUCUGCCGGACGACUUGCGCCCAUCAGAUUGGGUUACCGAGACGGAGCGAAUACUUGAGGCGGCCAGAGAAGUAGAGGAGCGCUUGGAUUUCAUCGCCGUAAUUAUGGCAGCGGUUACUCGCCGCAUCGAAUUUAUAGAACAAUUAACAUAA